UGAACCUGCUGCAGGGUGGAGCUCUCUCCCUUCUUUCUCCCAGUGACUCCAGGCUGAGCUCAAUGGCAAGGAUGCUGUGCAUCAGCUACCUGUCCACACUCCUCCUCCUGCUUCUCCUCCACCCUCCUCCUCUGUCGGCCCAGGAGGUGCGUGUACGUCUCGCAGGUGUAGGCAGGCGCAAUGCAAAUGAGGGACGUGUGGAGGUGUUCUAUAAUGGAGCAUGGGGCACCGUGUGUGAUGACGAGGUGGAUCUUAACCUGGCCAAUGUGGUGUGCCGAGAAUUGGGCUUUCAACGCAGCUUCACCUGGGCACACAGUGCCAAGUUUGGUGAGGGACGAGGUUUGAUCUGGUUGGACAAUGUGCACUGCAUGGGCACAGAGUUCUCUAUUGCAGAAUGUCGCUCCAAUGGGUGGGGAGUCAAUGACUGCACCCACGCUGAGGACCUUGGGGUCAUUUGCAGUCCAGAGAGGAGGCCUGGCUUCCCCCCUGUCUCCUUGCAGGAGGCCCCUUCAUCCUCCAGGCAGCAGCCAAGCCAAGGAAGACAGAGAAACCUACCAGGUCCACCUGCAGGCCCAGCCCACAUCUCCUCCUCUGCAAGAGGCCAUGAGAUCGCCCUCCAUCGCAACCCAACUACUUCCCGUCGCAGCAGCAUCUCACCACAGGAAAAUGGCCACGAGAUCCAAAUCUUGCGACGGAGUCGAGGCGGUUCCAGAGCAAGCCAGCAGGUGAACCCGCUUCUGCCACAAGGGCACGAGCUCCCUUCACACCUGGCAAACGGUGCAACCUACAGGCAGAGGCAGGACAGGACCAGUUCACAGGGAGUGAGACGGGAUACUCAGCCUCAUUCCCAGCGCCAGUCUGAGCGGAGGAGCGACAGAAAUCAACAGCUCAGUGGUAACCAUGUUGAACCAGACCCGGUUUAUCCAGACAUGGGAGUGGAGACUGAUGCGCAUUACACACAGGGAUCUGAGAGGGUUCACUUAGAGGAGGUUCGUCUACGGCCUGUGCUGUCCAGCAACCAUGGCGGACUGGUGACGGAGGGAGUGCUGGAAGUGAAGCAUGCUGGGAGGUGGCGUCAUGUGUGUAACAAGGGAUGGGACCUGAGCAGCAGCCGUGUCGUCUGUGGCAUGUUAGGAUUCCCUGCUGCCGAGGCGUUCGACCAAAACAGCUACAGGAAACUGUGGGACUCCAAGUUAGCUGACCCAUCCUCCAGACUGAGGACGCAGAUCAGUAAAAAGGCCUACUGGGUGGAGAAAGUGCAGUGUCAGGGCUUGGAGCCCUCUCUGUCACAGUGCCAGGCCCAGCUGUCCCUCCCCCGGAGUGAUGCCCCAUGCAAGGGGGGCAUGCAUGCUGUAGUCCGCUGCGUCCCCGGAUCCCAGUUUGCACGCUAUGGAAGAGUACCUGCACCACCUGCCAUCCCGCCUAUCGUGCGCCUGAAGGCGGGGCCCCGUCUUGGGGAGGGUCGUGUCGAGGUGCUGCAAGAGGGCAAGUGGGGCACCGUGUGCGACCACCUGUGGGACAUGACUGCAGCCAGCGUGGUCUGUAGGGAGCUGGGCUUCGGGACAGCCAAAGAGGCCCUCACUAAGGCUCAACUGGGACAGGGUACUGGUCCCAUCCACAUGAACAGUGUCCAGUGCACAGGCAGGGAGAAGUCGAUUACAGAGUGCCACUACAGAGUGGUGCCGCUUUACAGCUGCAAACACAACCAGGAUGUAGCAAUCCGCUGCAAUGUGCCCAACACUGGCUUGCAGACCACGGUGCGUCUGGCAGGAGGCAGAGAGCCAGCAGAGGGCCGUGUGGAGGUGCUGAUGGAGGUCGGAGGAGUGAAGCGUUGGGGAUCCGUCUGCAGUGAGAACUGGGGCAUCAACGAGGCCAUGGUGGUCUGUCGACAGCUGGGCUUGGGCUUCGCCUCAAGAGCUCAUCAGGAAACCUGGUACUGGCCUGGUUCUGCAGAUGCUGGGGAGGUGGUUCUGAGCGGGACUCACUGCAUUGGCAAUGAAAUGUCCAUCCAGCAGUGUCGCAGAAACACAAAUGUCUACUGUCCCAGAGGAGGAGACGGCAGGGCCGCAGGAGUCACAUGUGUAGAGACUGCUCCCGACCUUGUCCUGGACGCUCAGCUCGUCCAAGAGACGGCCUACCUGGAGGAUCGACCCCUCCACCUGCUGACCUGCGCUAAUGAGGAGAACUGCCUGUCCUCCUCCGCUGCCAGGAUGAACUGGCCCUACGGACACCGCCGCCUGCUGCGCUUCUCCUCCCGCAUCAUGAACCUGGGUCGUGCCGACUUCCGACCCCGGGCCACCAGAGAAAGCUGGACAUGGCACCAGUGCCACAGGCACUACCACAGCAUUGAGGUGUUCACCCACUACGACCUGCUCACCCUCAACGGGACCAAGGUGGCUGAAGGCCACAAAGCCAGCUUCUGUCUGGAGGACACCUACUGCCCCGAAGGUAUCCAUAAGCGGUAUGCCUGCUAUAACAUGGGACAGCAGGGUAUCUCAGUUGGCUGCUGGGACACCUACCGCCAUGACAUUGACUGUCAGUGGGUCGACAUCACAGACGUACGACCUGGUGAAUACAUCUUCCAGGUUGAGGUCAACCCUUCUUUAGACAUGGCUGAGUCUGAUUUCCAGAACAACGUGAUGCGCUGUCGGUGCAAGUACGAUGGAGCACGAGUUUACAUGUCCGGAUGCCAUGCAGGUGAUGCUUACAGCGCAGAAGUAGAGGACUUGUUUGACCACCAACGUCAGAUUUCCAACAACUUCCUGUGAAUUAAAGAACAUGCAUAUAUAAGGACAGAACAACUGUACAACUCUUCACCACACCUCAACAUGUCCGGGGAAGGAGGGUUAAUGACAACAACAUGCCAGUAAAUUGAAAGAUGAGGGUCAGAGGGAAUAGGGUGGGAAACUGGGAUGGUAUGGGAGGGACUUCAUGCAAAAAUGACUAAUUAAGAUCCUGUGAUCGAUUGUCAUCAGCAGUGAUUGUUCCUGUUAGAAAGUCAAAGAGAUAGAAGAAGAAAUGUAGAAAGAGGAAGACCAAACUAGGCCAUCACAAGCAUCGUGUCACCAUGAUAAAACAUAGAGUAGUUUACAAUUUUACAAAAACUUGUCUUGAAUUUUUUAUAAAUUUAAUUCCCUUGAUCAAAACAUAACCACAGUUAACAAAGUAAUGACAUGAAGGCACAUGAGUACAACACAUCCUUUGCUUUUACAGUACACCACCAGGCUGUCAUCCAUAUAAUAUCAACACAGGUAACAGACUGUCAACAAAACUCUGUACAUGCCUUCUGUGCUUUCACUGUUCACAUUACAAAAUGCAGUAUUUACUGUUACAACUGUGUGGUUCUUGGUUUUGAAUGAGAAUUUUUUAUUUUUUGGUGCUAUUUUGCCGUAUUUGAAUAAAUAUUGUAAUGUAUUGCAAAUGUAUUGUCAUGUACAGUUUUAUAUUACCUCUCUGGAAUAUUGUUCUUUAGGUCUCUAAUUUAUGCAGAAUUUUAAUGUACUUUUGAGUUGAAACUUGUCCCUGUGUGGCUGUGUUUUGUAUUGUUAAUAAUAUUAUGAUAAAUAUUUUCAUCUGUUUGUUCUUUACCUGUUUAACAUCGGUAACAUCAGAUGAGAUCUGGUUGUACCACGGUAUUGCGCCUUUAACAGUACUUGGUAAUGGUAGCGAAAGAAUAAACGUCAGAUUGACAAACUGUAUGGUUA